ACUAUAACUUUGACCUUAGCUGAAGCCGUGUUCGAUACUGUUGGGAGUUGACAAAAUUGCCGUUGUCAUUCUGAUUAGCGGCGUGAAGAAUCUUCAAACCUUGGUCACGGUUAAAUAGCCUUUCAUGAUGCUCUCUCAAUCCUGGCCGACCGUCCUGAGCUUUUUACUCUUCUCUUUUGUGGAGACGUCUAAUUAUCCCCACUCGACCGUCCAAAUUCGAGUGUUUAAGGUGGCCCCCUUGUAGCUGUUAGAUCUCGUUCUUUCUCUUCAGACUCUUUCUCCCCUUCAAAAGGACUGGUGACAGUGUCGGGAAGAACUUCGAAAAUGGACGGCAACAGCGACCUCGAGAAGCAAGGGGAGCGGGAUGAGAAGAGCCUGGAGACAAGUCGCGUCGGCAGCGACAAAACCUCUGAGAUUGGAGAGACUGAGGCGUUAAAGCGUAACCUCAAGAACCGCCAUAUACAAAUGAUUGCAAUAGGCGGCACUAUCGGGACUGGAUUAUUCUUAGGCUCUGGUAGUGCUCUGGCCACCGCAGGUCCCAUAAGCUGUCUCAUUGCCUACCUAUUUGUCGGGACCAUUGUUUUCUCCGUCAUGGUCUCCCUUGGCGAGAUGGCCACCUACAUUCCCGUCGCUGGAUCCUUCACAGCAUAUGCGUCACGUUUUGUUAGCCCUACAUUAGGUUUCGCCAUGGGUUGGAUAUACUGGUUUUCCUGGGCCGUCACCUUCGCUCUCGAGUUGACUGCUUCCGGUUUGAUUAUCCAAUACUGGGACUCAACCCUGAACGUUGGAAUCUGGAUUGGCGUCUUCUGGUUUAUCUUUACUGCGGUCAACUUCCUCCCUGUUCGAGCUUAUGGUGAAGCCGAAUUCUUCUUCGCCAGCAUCAAAGUCAUCACCAUCCUCGGUUUCAUGAUAUUCGCUAUCUGUGUCGACUGCGGUGUCGGCCAACAGCCGUAUCUUGGUUUCCACAAUUGGGUCCACCCCGGUCCUUUCGCUCCAUCACUUCUCGAAGAAGUGGGGAAUAAUGUGCCUCUCGCGAAGUUCAUCGGCUUCUGGAGCGUGCUUGUGCAGGCCGGAUUUUCCUAUCAAGGAACCGAACUCGUUGGAAUUGCCGCUGGCGAGACUGCCAACCCGCGCAAAACAAUGCCUUCUGCGAUCCGUAAGACCUUCUACCGGAUCAUCUUCCUCUUCUGCCUGACCAUCUUCUUCAUUGGUUUGCUCGUGCCAUAUGACAACGAGGAGCUUCUUACUGAUAGCUCGAAUGCUUCUGCCUCCCCGUUAGUCAUCGCAGCCAAGCUUGCUGGCAUUAAGGUGCUUCCAUCAAUCAUAAACGCUGUCCUACUCACCGCUGUGCUCUCCGCAGCAAACUCAAAUGUCUACUCUGGCUCGCGUAUCAUUCUGGCCCUUUCCCGCGAGGGUCUCGCCCCGGCAUUCUUUCAGCGCGUCACUGCGGGCGGCGUACCUUACGCGGCCGUAGCCAUGACCUCAGCCUUUGGACUUCUGGGCUUCAUGAAUCUCAGCAACAACGGCGGCACGGUCUUCAAUUGGUUCCUUAAUAUAACUGCUGUAGCCGGUUUCAUCACCUGGGCCUGCAUAAAUUACUGCCACAUCCGCUUCAUGCGUGCACUGCACGUUCGUGGCAUGUCUCGCGACGCUCUUCCCUACAAAGCACCCUUCCAGCCUUGGGCAGCGUAUUACGGCCUGUUCUUCAAUAUUCUCAUCAUCCUUACGCAAGGCUUCACGUCGUUUAUCCCUUGGGAUACGGAGAGCUUUUUCAUUGCUUAUGUGAGCUUAAUCUUGUUUGUUGUUUUGGCUGUUGGGCACUGGGCGUUGUAUAGGACGAAGUUAGUCAAGUUGAAAGACAUGGAUCUGGAUAGUGGUAGGAGGGAGGUUGAUGCCAUAGUAUGGGAUGAGCCAGAGCCACGGAAUGCGUGGGAGAAGUUUUGGGCUUGGCUGUAACUGGCAGGUGUACGUUUUAUUCAUUUCCGUCGUAAUAUGUAAUGACGAUAGAUACCAUGCUAUGUUUUACAAUCACAUCGACUUUAAAAAA